CACACCCAAACCGCCCAGUUGGAUGGAGGGCAUUGUGACGUUGUCACAAGUCUACGCCCACGAUGACAGGGAGCUCGUUUCUGCAGCGAUGGAGAGGGGAUGGACAAGUGACGAGUUCCUUCUUCGCCGGGUGGUGGUAUCGGCUAAACCUGAGCGCACAAUCUUGUCGCUUCCGGAUGGAUUUGCCCUAGAGGAAAACGUCUUCCCGGUGCUGGUCAGACCGAAGGAGUUGAUAAAGAUCGCUCUCCGGGGAUCAGACUACGGUCUGCUCACGGAACAGCCUAACAGGCAGGCGGGGCUAGCGAUUGAGUCCCGUAGCACCUUGUACGAAAGACGCUCCCUGCGGGGCAUGGUUGGGAUUCAGGACAGCUACGGAUCGAACCAUGUCGGGCCACUGGUGGUCGCCGCCCUCCUGGCCUGCUCGGUGGGUCCAGCUUGGCAAGGGUACGCAGUUCAGGUUCUGCCGCUUAUCGGGGUGUUUGCCAUGUGCGUGGUUGGCGCUACGAAGUAUUUGAGACCCUGACUCUCGUGGUCGAGACGGCAAGAGGGCUUCUGUCAGACCAGGCUUGUGUGCUGGCAGGUUUGGUGGCUGGAGUGAUUUCUUGGCACGUGAUCGUCGUCGCGAGCGGUCAAAGCGUUGGUUUCUUGGUUGGGGGCAUUGUAGCGGCCAAGGUGACUUUGGUGGUCGGGGUGGCAAUGCUGAGGAUGGUUUACUCGAAGCAGUGGUCGCCCGGGGUAGAGCUAGGGGGAGGGGACCAUCAGAUGGAGGGGCUCUGUCACCUCGCUCUGGAGGGACGACCUGUGUCAUUUCAGUGCAUAGGAUAAUGAUUGUUCCAACAGCCACCUGUGCGGAUAUCCCCGCAUUGGCCAGAGUACAUGUGGAAGCAGGAUGUUCUUAGCACGAGUGGCAAGGGACACGUGCUGGCUGUGGAGGGCCCAGCGCGUGGACGUACGUGAGGGCCAGUAGUGGGGGGACGGGAGGUCGGAUCGAUAUUUUUUGUUUCACGUGUACAGUGUGCUUCCCUGAAACACAAAACGGCAACAAUGUAAGAAAAUACUAAUUUUUGUAACAAAUGCCGUGGAUGUAGCAAGUUUGUUCCUUCUUCUCUCGCAGGGAUGAUGGUUUGCGGCGGAUUACUUACUUGCUUCUAAAAUUGGAGUUGUGCUUGUCUUGUGUUUCCCGCUAAAGUGAACAUUUUCUUGAGGUCCCUCCGGAGUUGCGUUUCCCGGGGUAUGAGUUGCAACGAGGAAUGUUAGGAGGAGGAUGGGGCUCUUCUUGCCGCAAACGAGCCACGCCUCCCUCAAAAAGUACGUCGUCAAUAUCCGCUAUCGAUUCCUUCGUGAAGCGGUGGACAACGGGGAAUUCAAUAAGUAAGGUGGGGUACGAGCAGUAAGGGAGAAUCGUAUGCAGAUAUUCGCCCGAGUCAUUGCGGGGUUUUGUGGUACUACUAGUCUACUCUGCUCAUCAUCCAAUAGCCAAUCGAACAAUUGGCUUUUUCAAGGUUCUCACGCACAAAAAAAGAUCAUGUCUAUGCGAAGGUGUACCGAUUCAGAAUUUACCCUCAACUGGGAACCUCUUGUGGCCAGGAUGGGUAAUUCGAUGGAAGUGUCACAAGGUUCUUUCUAGGAUCGACUCCAAGAGGUGUUCUCAGGACUGACACACAUUGUGCCCUUGGGAAAAGAUGAAAAUAUCCAAGUCAGGAGAAAAAGUGUGCACCCAAGGAGAUUCGAACCAGUAUCCUGUCGCUGACGCCAUAAGCGAAGGUGCACCGAUUCAGGUGGAUGUGGCUGUCUGAUAGGCCUG